AAACAGGUAGACAAUAAUGUUAUCCUAAUUAGACAUAUUCUCAUACACGUUUCUUCAACAUAUGUUCUACAAAAUACACAAUUCUCAACUAUUGCUAUGAAUCAAAGUGGUAAAAAGAUUACUGUUGCAACUGCUAGACCUCACACCAGAAAAUCCAAGAACAACAUCUGUUCUUCAAAGGGAAAAGGAUUUUCUGGCUAGAAUUGUGAUUUUCAUCCCCUUCCUUCCUUGCUGUUUCGAUUAUAGGAGAACAGGUGGAAUCCAGUCAAGUUCGUCGAUUUGCUGCUCAACAAAGCUAUGAUUGCACGAAUAGCAGUAGCAACAACAGUUGGAUUUCUCGGAUGGGCUUAUUUGGCAUUACUUAAGCCUCCCUCUCCAAAAGUUUGUGGCUCACCAGAUGGUCCUCCGGUGACUUCGCGAAGGGUCAAGCUCAACGAUGGGAGAUGUGUAGCCUACAAAGAGGGCGGCGUUGCCAAGGAGAAGGCAAAGCACAAGAUAAUUAUUAUUCAUGGCUUUGACAGUUCCAAAGACCUUAUGUUGCCGAUAUCCCAAGACUUAAUUCAAGAGCUUGAAAUAUAUGUUCUACAAUAUGAUCGUGCUGGAUAUGGAGAGAGUGAUCCACAUCCAAAGCGCUCAGUAAAGAGUGAAGCAUUUGACGUUGAGGAGCUAGCUGAUAAGUUACAACUAGGACCCAAGUUCUAUGUGGUUGGCUUGUCCAUGGGAGCGUAUUCUGCAUGGAGUUGUCUUAAGUACAUACCGAAUAGGCUGGCCGGAGUUGCCCUUGUUGUUCCGUUUGUAAAUUACUGGUGGCCAUGUUAUCCUGCUAAACUAUCAAAACAAGCCCUCCGGAAGAUGCUUCCACAAGAUCAACGGACAUUCAGAAUUGCGCAUUAUGCCCCAUGGCUGGUUCAUUGGUGGAUGAACCAAAAGUGGUUCCAUGCUUUAAGUAUGCUGGAAGGGAACAUGGCAAUAUUUUGUCCGCCAGAUCUCGAAAUGCUGAAGCAGUUAUCCUCUGCCCCGAGUCCUGGUCAGGAGAAGGUUCGACAGCAAGGCGAGUUUGAAUGUUUGUAUCGAGACCUGAUAGUUGGUUUCGGAAACUGGGACUUCUUUCCGACGGAUAUCACAAAUCCUUUUCCAGAUAACGAAGGUUCGGUCCAUCUUUGGCAAGGACACGAUGACAGAAUUAUUCCGCGUGAACUCAAUCGUUAUCUAGCAGAGAAGCUCCCAUGGAUUCAAUAUCAUGAGGUUCCUAAUGCUGGACAUUUGUUAAUGCACAAUGCUAGUUAUUGUGAAACCAUCUUGAGGAAACUUUGCACUAGUUGAACGGGAGACUUGGAGCAACAGUAAAGUAAAGUUGUCUCCGUGUGACCUAUACGUCACAUGGAAGCAAUCAAUAAUGCUUGAACCAGGGUAAGCUAUCCACAUCACAUCUGUUAUAAGGUGCGACCCUUUUCCGAGCUCUGCUAAAGUAGGAUGUUUUGUGUGCCAGACUUCCCUUUUUGCAUGUAUUUGCGGACAAGAAGGUAACUUGCAAUGUUCUUAUGAGAAAAUUGAAGUGCAUAAGCAUUUGUAAUAAAUACUAGAUAUGUGAACCUGUACCAGCACAGGUUCAAUAUAUGUUACUCUCAUUCGCAAUUGAUGUGACAUUAUAUAGUACUUUUUAUAUAAUUUUUAAAGGCUUAAGUCA